AAAGUGGAGAGGCAGCAGACGUGUUGCAACAGAUGGCCUCAGCAGCAGCAGCGGUUGCUGCACCGCUGAUCUCUGGGGCGUCGCUGGACUGAGAGGAAGAGGAGGGAGGAAGAGGGAGUGCCGUGAGUCAGAUCUGUAGAAACAUCAGGACUUUUACUUCCUCACAGACAGGAAACAAGUUAGGAGGAAAUGGGAGCAACAGUUGAAUGGAUCUGAGUCUUCCUCCUCCUCCUGUCUGGGAGGAGAGCACCUGCUGACAGGCAGGAGGAGCUGAAGGAGCAGCAGCAGGAGGUCGUUGCUGAGAAGACCUCUGUGAAGCAUCUUGACCAGAACAAGCUGUUUGUGAGGGCCAGGGCUCGGAGACCAUGGAGGCCCGACUCCUCCUGCUCCUGUUUGUCUCAGUGACGCUUGGCCACGCCCAGUUUCCCUCUGGACAGCGGCUGAAGCCCCGCCUACAGAGGGAUCGGCGAAACAUCCGUCCCAACAUCAUCCUGAUCCUGACGGACGACCAGGACGUGGAACUGGGAUCCAUGCAGGCGAUGAACAAGACCCGCCGUAUCAUGGAAGAGGGCGGGACCCUUUUCUCCAACGCCUUCGUGACCACGCCCAUGUGCUGUCCGUCGCGCUCGAGCAUGCUCACCGGGAAGUACGUGCACAACCACAACACCUACACCAACAACGAGAACUGCUCCUCGUUGUCAUGGCAACGACACCACGAGCCACGGACCUUUGGAGUCUACCUCAACAACACCGGAUACAGAACAGCGUUUUUUGGGAAGUACCUGAACGAGUACAACGGCUCGUACGUUCCAGCCGGGUGGAGGGAGUGGCUCGGCCUGGUCAAGAACAGCCGGUUCUACAACUACACGCUGAGCCGGAACGGGGUCCGGGAGAAGCACGGGGCGCAGUACCCGCAGGACUACCUGACCGACCUGAUAACGGCCGAGUCCAUCCAGUACUUCCGCUCCUCAAAGCGGGUCUACCCUCACCGACCAGUUCUGAUGGUUCUGAGCCACGCAGCUCCACACGGGCCAGAAGACUCGGCACCGCAGUUCAGCACCGCCUUUCCCAACGCAUCACAGCACAUUACUCCCAGUUACAACUACGCUCCGAACCUGGAUAAACACUGGAUCAUGCGUUACACCGGCCCCAUGAAGCCGAUCCACAUGGAGUUCACCAACGUUCUCCAGAGGAAGCGUCUGCAGACGCUGCUGUCGGUGGACGACAGCGUGGAGAAGCUGUACAACAUGCUGGUGGAGACGGGCGAGCUGGACAACACCUACAUCAUCUACACGUCUGACCACGGCUACCACAUCGGCCAGUUUGGCCUGGUUAAAGGUAAAUCCAUGCCGUACGAGUUCGACAUCAGAGUCCCGUUUUACAUCAGAGGACCAAACGUGGAGCAAGGCAGCAUUAACCCUCACAUCGUCCUGAACAUCGAUCUAGCUCCGACCAUCCUGGACAUCGCUGGACUGGACACACCUCCAGACAUGGACGGGAAGUCGAUCAUGUCGCUGCUGGAUACAGACAAACCUGCCAACAGGUUCCAGGUGAGCAAGAAGCCGAAGGUGUGGAGAGACUCGUUCCUGGUGGAGAGAGGGAAGUUGCUCCACCAACGAGUCGAAGGGAAGGAAGUCUCUCAGGAGGAGAACUUCCUGCCCAAACACCAGCGAGUGAAGGACCUCUGCCAGAGGGCCGAGUACCAGACACCCUGCCAGCAGACGGGACAGGUACCGAAACCCAGCUGGUUCUGAUUUGCCGCCUCAGCCUGAGGCUUUUAAAACACGAGUGUCGAUCACGUUCUGAUCAGGAUCCAGUUUAUAAAACCAAAACUGGACCUGACACAGCGUCAGUAGAACCGGUCCCAUUCGGGCUGACUUCACUCCAGGUGGGUUCCUGUAUCCGUCAUUCCAACAGCACUGGAGCGGCUCCGUACGGCGGGGG